UAUAUGAUGUAAGGUACACGUGCUACCCGAUAUGACGUAAGAUUGCACCGUAACCUAUACUUUCUUUAUUUUUCUUAUAAUUAUUUCUUAAAAAUAGUAAUUUAAAUAAUAUAUCAAAAAGAAAAAAAAAAUAAUAAUGACUGUUGAAAGUACAGAAAAUAAAGAAAAAUCAAUAUCUGAAAAAAGUAAUACUGAAGCUGAAUAUUCUGAUCUUUAUCCAGGACGGAAAGAAAUACGCUCUCGUUCUUGGUUUGAUAAACUUUUCUUAAAAGAAAAAAGAGAGCAAUUAGAUAAAACACAAUGUGAAAUUAAUGUGUACAAGUGUGUGCAAAAUAGUUCUCUGGUUAAACUAAUGUUAGGAGCAUUAAAGGGAUCUGGAUGUGAAGUCGAUCUUGGUCGUCACAUUGCAUGUGAAGUAUGUGAUGAAAAAGUUACUGGUGGUUAUGAUCCAGAAACAAAUCAGAUUAUAAUUUGUCAAAAUACUGCUCGUACUAAAAAUUAUGUUCAAAGUACUUUAAGUCAUGAAAUGAUUCAUAUGUUUGAUUAUUGCCGUAAUAAAUUAGAUUUAAAUAAUAUAGAUCAUUUAGCUUGCACUGAAAUAAGGGCAGCUAAUCAAUGUCAUUGUAGUUUUCUUGGUGCAUGGUUUAGAGGAACUGCUUCACUUUUUAAUAUUAAAAAGGCACAUCAGCGUGUAGUCGAAGAAAUGAUGACAUGUGUUAAAGAAGAACAACUAUAUAAAGUUUUAUGCAUAUAUGUCAAGAAAUGUAAUAUUUUCUACGGGGGAACUAUUGUGUUAACAUAUGGAGCUGCAACUGUUUUUGUACUAGGACCAACAUUCUUACCAAUUUCUUUCCCAUGGGAAACAGAAUAUCCAUUUCAAAUUAAUGAUACCUCAAGAAAUAUUAUAUACAUCCAUCAAUUUUUCUUCACUUAUCAAUGUGCUGCACAUAUAUGCUUAAGUUUAUUCGGAGCACUUCUUCUUUGGUUUGCAGCUGCAAGAUUUGAAUGUUUAGUUGAGGAAUUACAGAAAAUUACAAACAUCGAUAUGCUGAUCGUUUGUUUUAAAAAAUUAUUACUUUUAAGAAGAUACGCAGAAGAAGUAGUGAGCUGUAUUCGUUUUUUAGUAUUUUAUGCUAUAGCAGUAGGCACAUUUAUGCUGACUUUAUCUGGUAUUAUAAUGAUCAUAAAUCACACAGAAUCUGACAACACGCUCUUGGUCGCAGCGUGAUGAAAAGAACUGUCCGUCUCGCGGAAUUUGAAGAUCUCCGAGAUCUCUGCCAUUCGCCAACUGAAGUUGGACAUAAGAGGACAGCGCUUCGCAAGAUCAAAAUGUUCUGGUUUUAUGCGGGAUAAUGCCGUUCCCUGGUUAUGGUUGCUAAUCAGCGGCAUAUAUAUUUAGAAUGGUGAUAACAUGAAGUAUCUCGGUCUUCUCUUCUAGUGCUUCAAUGUUCACUUUGGCUUCCACCAAUUGGAGAGUGCUGCGUUAUGCCUGUCGUAUAUAGCCCAAUAUCCAGGGACAGGAUGAGAAGGUUCAUUGCCUCUACCUGGGAAUUAUGCGGAGAAUGGGAUUAUAUAGAGCGCGUGUGUGAAUUGCAAAUCUGAUAACAAAUUGCCGUGGCACUGAUAAACUGUCACGCUAGUACAUCAUCAAAGUCGUUAAAAAAUACCACAUGAUCUUCUAUCCUGUAGAGGAUGCUGCUAGCGGAGCUGCUACUCUUCCAUUUUUUGGCAGAGGCAUAUGCCAAAAUGUAUGAUUUUGUGAGAAUUCAUCAAGAGCAAUCGAAUCAACGAGACGCUAAAUUCGACAGUGCAACAAAAGUGAAACCAUUCCUUUCAGCGCGUCAUCGUAGGAUCUUUCCAGCCCUAGAUAAAUGAUUAAAAUAUAGCUAUGAAACGUUUAUCUUCUAGAUAACGCAAAUCUUAACUUUAAGUUCACGAUUUUGGAACGUUUCUGUGUCGAUAUGAUCUUGCUAUCAAGUCUGCGUCCACACGGGCGCUUUAUAUUGCACCAUAUGUCUACAUACUUCCUAGAGGUGACGAAUCUUUUAUGCCCCGAUAUUUAGCAUAGUGCAACUACAGCCUUCUCCAACUGCGGGACUCUAGCUUCAACUACCGAA